GGGCACCCGCCCCGGGCCACAGGCGGUGGGGCGGAGGGAGGAGACCGGACACCUCCCCUCCCCACGCAACCCCCCGGCGGGCCUGUGCUCCAAGACCAACGGCCCCAGCUCCCGCCGCUCCGGCCUCCGUGCAAAACCUCGAGCCAGUAUCCUCGUGGCAAGUGCCAGCUCCCUGCCCUUUCCUACCAGGAACCUCAGUUUCCUUAUCUGUGCUGCAACAUGGUCUGGAACUCCUCAUCAUAGCGCUGGUUGAUGUCGUCCCCGAUGAUGGCAAGCCUCUGUCCCACCUGCGCCAUGGUGCUGGGGGGACGGGGGGCAGCAGGGGCCACUUCGCGCAAGCUCUAGAGGUGGAACAAGGAUGCCUGCAGAGCUCCAUGGGGCCACUGGAGGUCAGCACUGAGGCCUUUACCGGGGAGGAGGAGGAGCGUCUGCUCGAUGCUGAGGAUGGAGACCUGAGGCUGGCCUCUUCAAAGGUGGGGGCAACUCCCUGGACCCGCCUCCUCACUUUGUACAAACAGCAUAAGAAAUCGACCAUAGCCAAGUUUCCUCUCAAGGAAAACGUACUCCAUGAGGAAGAAAGUGAGGAAGAGGAAAUGGAGGAAGAGGACAGCUCAUUCAAGCUCUGUGUCCCAGGCAUUGCCACCCUCCAGUGGCCACUCCAUAAGACUUUCAGGUCGACAAAUACAGUGGGUUUUGUGGAGUCAGAGUUAAAGAAACUUGUGGCAGUACAGCAGGAGUCCCACCUCUGGAAGAUGGGCAUUCACAAGGACCAGGAGCUGCUGAUCUCACCAGAGAGCACCUUGGAGGAGGCGGGCAUUGGGGAUGGUCAGGGAUGCCAAGCUGAGGGAGAAGGAAGCCACCCCCCACUCUUUGGGGAAUGCUGGGGACCUGGGGGAAGGGUGCUGAGGCAGCUGAAGCGACACCCUAGGCUGGAGGAAAGACUGCAAAGCCCCUUUGGUGUGGUAUCCAGGACAGAGCACCUGCUCCUGGAGGACAUGGAUGAGAUGGGAAACUGGCCUCUAGAGUGAAGCUGGUGCUGGAUAGCCUGCCCUGCCCCCGAUCCCUGGAACCUGCACAGGGAUGGAGCCCCCUCUUCUAAGGGAACAUCCAAGGAGCUCCUGGGGCCAGGAGGUCUUGAGAAAAAUUGUGUCCAUGUGUCUGAAGGUGGGCCUGCCUGGGCCUGAUGUCGUUAAUAAAGCCCAUUUUAACUUCA